UGGGGAGUCCAGCUGCGUGACGGGGGUCUGGGAUGGCGCCUCCGUCGGCUUUAGAAGGAAACGGCUGGGAGGGGCCGACGGCAGGGCCGCUGGCCGCUGCUCCAGGAGCCAUGCGGGCGGGGCAGCAGGGGCUGAGGUCUGGGCGUCUUGAGGUGGGAGCCUGGAGUGGAGAGGGACCAGCCAAGCCACCACCGCCAGAGCGAGCAGAGCCCCUGAGCCGGGCGGUGACGCCCCCACGGUCACACAGCGCGUGAGGGGCGCAGCUGCGACUGGAACCCAGGGUCUUCCAGCCGCUGAGUCCUCUCCAGCUGGUGCCUGGGAAAUGGCAGCCGCCGCUGGUGCAGCCUUGAAGACAGUCACUUGCCUGCUGAGCACCGUUACUUAGAAGAUAGGAUUCCAGAGGAGCUGCCCCGCCUGGAGCCGGCCCGGGGGCAAGCUGGGGUACCGCCGCCCCCGCCCCCGGGAUGACCGCAUCUGGCCGCGCCAACCCCUACAGCAUCGUGUCGUCCGAGGAGGACGGGCUGCACCUGGUCACCAUGUCGGGCGCCAAUGGCUUCGGCAACGGCAAGGUGCACACUCGGCGCAGGUGCCGGAACCGCUUCGUCAAGAAGAACGGCCAGUGCAACAUCGAGUUCGCCAACAUGGACGAGAAGUCGCAGCGCUACCUGGCCGACAUGUUCACCACUUGCGUGGACAUCCGCUGGCGCUACAUGCUGCUCAUCUUCUCGCUGGCCUUCCUUGCCUCCUGGCUGCUGUUCGGCGUCAUCUUCUGGGUCAUCGCCGUGGCCCACGGGGACCUGGAGCCGGCCGAGGGCCGCGGCCGCACGCCCUGCGUGCUGCAGGUGCACGGCUUCAUGGCGGCCUUCCUCUUCUCCAUUGAGACGCAGACCACCAUCGGCUACGGGCUGCGCUGCGUGACCGAGGAGUGCCCGGUGGCCGUGUUCAUGGUGGUGGCGCAGUCCAUCGUGGGCUGCAUCAUCGACUCCUUCAUGAUCGGCGCCAUCAUGGCCAAGAUGGCGCGGCCCAAGAAGCGCGCGCAGACGCUGCUGUUCAGCCACAACGCGGUGGUGGCGCUGCGCGACGGCAAGCUCUGCCUCAUGUGGCGCGUGGGCAACCUGCGCAAGAGCCACAUCGUGGAGGCCCACGUGCGGGCCCAGCUCAUCAAGCCCCGGGUCACGGAGGAGGGCGAGUACAUCCCGCUGGACCAGAUCGACAUCGACGUCGGCUUCGACAAGGGCCUGGACCGCAUCUUCCUGGUGUCGCCCAUCACCAUCCUGCACGAGAUCGAUGAGGCCAGCCCGCUGUUCGGCAUCAGCCGGCAGGACCUGGAGACGGACGAUUUUGAGAUUGUGGUCAUCCUGGAGGGCAUGGUGGAGGCCACGGCCAUGACCACACAGGCCCGCAGCUCCUACCUGGCCAACGAGAUCCUGUGGGGCCACCGCUUCGAGCCUGUCCUCUUCGAGGAGAAGAACCAGUACAAGAUCGACUACUCACACUUCCACAAGACUUAUGAGGUGCCGUCCACGCCCCGCUGCAGCGCCAAGGACCUGGUGGAGAACAAGUUCCUGCUGCCCAGCGCCAACUCCUUCUGCUACGAGAACGAGCUGGCCUUCCUGAGCCGCGACGAGGAGGACGAGGCGGACGGAGAGCAGGACGGCCACGGCCCCCAGGCCAGGCGCGACUUUGACAGACCCCAGGCCGGCACCGCCCUCGACCAGCGGCCCUACAGACGGGAGUCCGAGAUCUGAGCCGCCAGCGGCCAAGGUGCAGCAUCCGCCCCGCCGGGGAAAGGCCCCGAGUCCCGCGAGGGCGCCGGGCCAGAGCCGAAUGGGCUCGGGCCCUGGUUGCAGACUCAGUAGCGUUUUAGAUGUUUUACGUUUCUUCACAGCGGCCUGGGAAUGUUGGUGGGAGAGUGGGUGGCCUGAGUGGCCUCUGAGGCCAGAGCAGGCCUGGGGGCGGGGAGGUGGCCUCCCGGGGGGCCGGGCCACGGGAGCUGGGGGCCUCUGCCUCAGGGGGGAGCCACAGCCUGUCCAGAAACGGCUCACCAGCUGCCCGGCCUCCGUGGGCGAAGGCCUGCGGGCUGCAGUGCACCUCGCUGGUUUUUAACUUGGGGAGAAACACCAGGUUUGGGCUUUCUCGACCUUAGUUUAAGACUGUUUACAAAAAAAAAAUUAACAUGUGAUUGAAAAAAAGUUUUAUAAUUUGAGGGGGGUGGGAAAGGACAAUUAGAAUUCCAUUAGUCUGCCAGGAUGCAAGUAGCUGGGUGGGGUUUCCAGAAGGUCCCCGAGGCUGGGCCGGGCCUCUCUUCCAUGAAGGCCCCACGCCAUGGCCUGAGCGCGCGCAAGCGCGGAGGUCAACCCCACCUGCCCUCCCCGUCGUGCUUUAUGCUCACGGGGUGAACUGGAUUUCCUUUGUGAUGGCAAAACCAAGACCCUGUUAACGAUCGUAACAGAAGCUUUUCAGUGUCACUGGGGUGGGAGUAAGGGCCGGGGAGAAUCCAGUCUGAGCUUUUUAAGUUUGACUCUGUACCUCCUUUGAGGUGCAUCUCAGGGCCGGGAUGGGACCUGCCUGCGGUGGAAGGUCUGCUCCCCACCCCCCCAGCCCCACCCACGCCCCACGACCCCAGCCCGCUGGAUUCUCCCUCCUUUUCUGCGCCGCGGCCUCCACCCCCUUCCCCAGAGAGGGGCGGCUGGGGGACGUAGGGGUGGAUGGCUCCAUGGGAAGGGCGACCAGCUUCCCCGACUCCAAGGAAGUGUUUCAGCCCUGUCCCCACGGGGCCCCAGCAUGAGUCGUGCCUUAGAGACCCUGGGGGGGGGUCUGGCUCCAGCUGUCACUGUUUUUAUUGGACUCACCCAUCCUCCCUGCUGCCCCCGGCUCCACCGUGGCCCUCUGUCUGCGGAGGCCAGGCCGAGCCGGCGCCCCAUCCCCCCAAGGUGGGCAGCAGAGGCGAGCCUGGGUGGGGCCCGGCCAGGCUGCGCCCUGGUGCCGAACGCAGAGGAACGUCCUAGGAGAGCCGCGGGCUGGUCAGCACACACAGCUGGACACCUCGGUCAGGCGGUGGCUCGGGCCCCCCCGAUUUGUCACCGGCUUUUGCCUCUGCCAGCCCAAGAGCUGCCCAACGCAGGCUCGUUCCUGGAGAAGGAAACAGCUGUCAGGGCGGCGCCUGGGCCCUUCCCAGGACUGCUGAGAGUGUUGUCCUCACAAAUGACCAAGCCGGUCAGUCGUUAGAGAGCCCCAGCCUGCCUAUCCAGGCUGCCGCGGGACAGCUCACCACCAGGAGAUGCCAGGGCUCCGGCCCAAGUUAGGAGACAGAGGCCGAGUGCAGAUGGGUGAGGGGCAAGGAGAGGCCAAGGGCUGCGGUGGGGGCUUCUGCCUCUCCCCCGCUCCAACCCCUGCAACCGCGGGAGGCCUGGCCCUGAAGUCGGGGGCCGUGCAGCGUCCGGGCACCGGCUGUGUAUUCCCACCCAGAAAGCCCUGGCCUGGCCUCAGACGCCACCCUAACCGGAAGGUCAGGAAGAAUCAGAAGGGUCAGCCCGAGGCAGGCGGAGGCCUCGUUCCCCUCAGGAUCUGCUGGACAGGCCUCUGCUCCUUCCUGGCCUGAGCCCCUGCUUCCUCAGCCUUAGUCCUGGGCGGUGACGUGGAGUCCCUAUGGUUGCCAGGUGGGUGGCAGGUGGCCCUGGUCGCUCGGGGCUGGCACAUGGUCCUGUUGGGCCAGCCCUCCACUCUCCCCACCAGGGCAGAGCCCCGGGGGCCCUGGGUCCCCCAAGGUCCUAGCUGUCUCGGGUG